AUGGAGGCCCUGCCGCAUGGCUUUGCAGAGGAGUUCAUGCGCUCGCAGGAAGAAGUGCUCCGGUUCCUCGUCCCAGGCUCAGCACCGUUGGUUGAUUAUUUCCCCGUCCUAAAAUACGUCCCCAGAGUACUCGCGUCGUGGAAGAGGGAAGCCCCGCGCGUGAGGAAACUCAUGAUCAAAGACGCGAUGGCGUUCUUCCUGGCCGGCAGGGAGCAAUAUGAACAGAUGAGGGAAGACCCAGCGUCGGUGCGCGUUGAGGGCCUCAUCGCCAGGCUGCUGCGAGAGCAGAACACGCCGGGACUGGUCAAACCGGAGCGUAGGUUGGCCGAUUUGGAGCUGGGAUACCUCGGACAGGCUGCCAUUGGCGCAGCAGCAGACACAACCGCUGCAGCCUUUCUGAGCCUGAUGUGCUGCUUUGCUGCUUUUCCUGAUGUCCUCAAGAAGGCCCAGCAGGAGGUUGACCAAGCCGCGGGCAACACGCCGCCGACUGGUGGUAUGCUCGGGAAGCUUGUCUACCUCAAAGCCUGCAUCUCAGAGGUCCUAAGCUGGCGUCCCGUCCUUGCGAGUGCACUUCCACACACGCUGUCUCAGGACGACCAGUACGGUGAUUAUUUCUUCCCAAAGGGGACCACAUCCAUCGCCAAUGCAUGGACCAUUCACCGGGACGAGAAAGCUUACGAGCGACCAGACGACUUCAUGCCCGAGCGCUUUGUCAAGCACCCGUACGGCCUCCGCCAGAGCAAUGACGCCGCUGAGACAGAGCAAGACCUGGAGAAGAGCGGCCGCCGGUCCCUCUAUGUAUUUGGCUCCGGGCGGCGCCAGUGCCCUAGCGAGCAGUUCGCCUUCACGACGAUCAUGCUGGCUGCCUCCAAGGUCGUCUGGGCCUUCGACGUGCUGCCGCCACCAGGAGGCGUUGACGUCAGCAUCGAAACAGGAUUCAAGGGUAAUAUUGUAGCUGAGCCUGCGGAUCCUAGCGUGAUCUUCAAGAUCAGGGAUGCCGUCCGCGAAGCUGCUCUGGUCGAGGAUGGAUUUAGGACUGAUGGAAUUGCCAGAGAAAUGUUGGGGUAA